AUGAUCCAUGAACUCAGCAACUCCACCCAUAUCUACAUCACCCUGCGAUGGGUACUACUCAGGUACAUACAGUGUAGGAGGAUCAGCUACUAACAAGGGUUGGAUAGGGCUCUGGAUUGGUUAUAUGUGAACAGGGUGUAACACCAUUAACUCAAGGACUGACUUUUUGUAAAUGCCAAGACCGUAUGAUUAGUGCCAUAAACAUAUGCCAUAUGAUACAGCCAUAAACAACUAAAUGUAACCAGUUAGUGAUAGUGGUUGUGAUUUCACUCUGUGAGCGUGUACGUGUGCCCCUCCUCCCCAGGAAUGUAUCUCUGUCGAUGAACGUGGAGACCAUUGGGGAACACACUGUGAAGUAUGAGGACCGUGCCCUGAGGGACCAGAUAGUUCAGAUGCUCAAAGGGACACGCAGUGACUCUGUGUGAGUCUCAUCUUCACAGCACUCUCACUAUAUCAUCAACCGUUAUUAGAGUUUACAGCCACAGUCAACAUUACAUCAAUAACAUAACCUUAACUCUGAAAGAUAAUUGUAAAGGAACUUAUUACAUUCAAAAUAACCCCAACUAUAAAAGAGAUGAUCACAAUGGUUAUUGUAUAUUGGUGUUGAUAUGCUCAACAACUGUCAUUCAUUCUCUCUGAUAGGAUCAUUGAGUCUCUCCUGCCCAAGUUCAUCAGAGGUCCCGGAGGACCUGAGUCCAAGAUGGCCACCCGUCUGAAAGUAGGUUAGUGACCCUCUAUCCAACCAUCAUACUGUAUAGAACUCUCAAAUUCAACUCCGGACCUCGUAGGGUAAGAGUUCAAUACCCCUGGUAUAGAACAUCAACAUAACAAAUGCAGAUGCUUGUAUAACUAUGAAUCUUAAAAAGUCACAGUCUCUGCUUGUUUUAUUCAAAUCUUCCCUGUCCCAUCUGUAACACCACAGAACACUCUGAUCGGCCUGAGGACCUGCAGACUUUUGCCUUCUUCUGGCCCCUGUCCAUCAAACUACAGCGGGCAGAAGACAAUGGAAGUGCAGAGGGGGGUCAGUGGUGGAUAGUGGAGGAAUGCACUCCUGGACAGGGGCUCGUCCAGAGCAGCUGCCACAGCAUUGAGAUAGUGGUGUUCAAUGACAAAGUCAGCCCCGCCAGCCUGGAUGCUCUUGCAGGACAGGGGUAGGUUAAAAAACAAAACACUCGCAAUGCUUCCCCAGGAGCUAUUUACAUUUUGAGAGCACUAUCCUUUUAACUUGAUUUGUUCUCACUGCUAAAUAAAGUCUCUUUGCCUUUUUCCAUGGAAUCCCAUAUGCUAAUGUUGCUUGUCUGGCCUCAACCUUCAACCUGAUACCACCUCCUGCACAAUUCCACCUUGCGUCGGCAGAAUCGUGGGCCUGUACAUGUCAGUGGUGCUGGUCGUCGGGAAGUUUGUCAGGGAAUUCUUCAACGGGAUAUCCCGUUCCAUUAUGUUUGAGGAGCUGCCGUGUGUGGAUCGGGUGUUGAAGCUCUGCACGGACAUCUUUGUGGUGCGAGAGACUGGCGAGAUGGAGCUGGAGGAAACACUGUUUGAGAAGCUCAUCUUCCUGUAUCGCUCACCGGAGACCAUGAUCAAGAUGACUAGAGAGAAGAGCGACUAG